AUGAAAUUAUUCAUGAUACUUAUUGUUUAAAUAUUUUCAACUCCAUCAACUGUGAUUUAUGAGUUUAAUGCAAAUUCCUAAAUAAAUGAUGGUAAUUUUAUAGAAUUUAGAUUUAGGAUGGGCAAUUAGAGAUAAUGAUUGUUUUUUUUAUAAUUGCGGUGGGAUUAAUUAUUUUGGCUAACCUCUUAAUGAUGAUAAUCCAAUUUGGAUUAGCAGACUUUUUUCAAAUCUAAAAGCCCAUUCUCAUAUUUAAGUGGAGGCUAAAGUAUUAAGGUAAUGAAUUUCUAUUAUUACAAAAGAAUAUAUACCAGUGAUCCUUUUGGUGUAGAUUUAGACUAUAUUGUAGCUCAAAAGUCAAUCACUUCAUCUUCAUCAUCAAGUGCAGUUUGCUCUGGUUCAUACGUAUUGAGUAUAACUACAACUCCUAUUAAACACAAUAGAAGAACUCUUUGGAUAAAAGCUUAUUUCUUUAAUGCUGGAGGUUUAAUGUCAUUAAAAAUAAGCAUGAUUAAUUGUGAGUAUGACUGUAUUGGGUGCAUAGAGAAUUAUAAAAUAUUUUGCUUAUCAUGGAAACUGCAUUAAUAUUCAUUUGGUGAAAAAUUGAUUACAAAUUCUGAUGGAUGGAUAUUUUAACCAACUUUUUCGUCUGAUUUCGAUUGCGGUUAUUGUAACUACUUGUAUUUUUUUGAAACUAAUUAUUCAACUCAACUACCUACACAUUAAAAUUUAUUAAUAAGGUUUUAUAAAGGAAAUACAAUUAUAAUAGUAGACUAUGUAUAUGGUAAAAAAACUUUUAGUUUCAAUAGUUAAUUAGUAGAAAUAUUAAUAGAAAAUCAUCUUGAUCCUAUACUGUUAUUGAAUAUUAAAUCUCAACCAAGCACUGACCGUGGUUAAAUAAGAGAUUUUGAAUUAUAUUACACUUAACCAGAAAUACCAAUACCAAUAAAUAAAUUAAAUGAAGGUUGUUUAGAAUAAAUUGAUACUAAAUGCUUGAUUUGUUAAGAAGGUUGGAUUUACGAUUAGUUUCUUGAAAAUUGUCAUCCAAUUUGUGGUGAUAAAGGAUAAUUAUAUCAAACAAGAAAUUUUGAAGUUUCAGAAAUUAUAAUAAAUAAAUUCAACGAAGGAUGCUUAGAGUAAAUUGAAACUAGAUGUCUGAUUUGCAAAGAGGGUUGGAUUUAAGAUUAGUUUUUUGAAAAUUGUCGUCCAAUUUGCGGUGAUGGAGUUAUUCAAGGAUAAGAAAAAUGCGAUGAUGCUAAUCUGAUAUCUAAUGAUUCGUGUUAUUAAUGUGAAUAUUCAUGUAUAAACUUUUGCAAAACUUGUGAAUUUGGAAUUUGUUUUGAAUGUAUUUUUGGAUAUGACCUUAAUGCUGAUUUUGAUUGUGUUCCUAUGUGUGGAGAUGGCAAUGUAAUUCCCUAUUCGGCUGAAUAAUGCGAUCUGACAGAUGAUGGAAAAUGGGAUAACUGUUAGGAUUGCCUUUAUAUAUUAAUUGCUGAUUGUAAAAAUUAAUUACUUUCAAUGUGCUUGGAGUGUAAAGUAGGAUUUCAGCUGUUAGAAAAUGCAUGUUUUCCUAAUUGUGGAGAUAAAUUCAUUCUCCAAUAAUAUGAGGAAUGCGAUGAUGGAAAUUUGCAACCUUAUGACGGUUGUUUCUAAUGCAAGUUUCAAUGCUCCGAAGAUUGUAACAUAUGUGAUAAAGGAUAGUGCAUUUUAAAAUGUGAAGAUGGAUACAAGUUUGUUAAUAAUAAUUGUCUUUCUGUUUGUGGUGAUCAAAUAGUCACAAAAGAAGAGGACUGUGAUGAUGGCAAUACAAUCCAAUUUGAUGGUUGCUUCAAUUGUAUGUAUUCUUAUUCUUGUCCUGAAAAUUGCUAUGACUGCUAUUAAGGUACUUGUUUAGAGUGCAAUGAUAAAUACUAAUUACUAAAUUCAAAUUAAUGCAAACUAUAAUUAGAUUGUGGAGAUGGAUAUCUUUAGAAACAAGAAGAAUGCGAUGAUGGAAAUUAUGAGGCUUUAGAUGGAUGUACUAAUUGUUUGAUUGAAUAUAGUUGGGUAUGCGCCACGAUAAUAAAAGCUUCUCCUAGCUAAUGUUCAUUUUCCAAACCUCCAAAAUUAGUAAUUACAUAUCUCAAUAUGA